AAGGGAGGCGUGCGGCCCACGGCCCCUGACGCCCCCAUUGGCCCGGCGCGCCCCCGCGCCUCCUGGGGGGCCGUAGCCAAGCAACGCCUGGCGCGCCCGCCCAUCCCCCGCUGUCCUUUUUUUCCUGCCCGGGUGCGAGGGAGCAUGCCCGCGCCUGAUCUCUGCCAGCUAAGAGUUAACCCGAGGGGCGUGGAGCUGCCCCUCCCUUGGGGGCGUGCCCCCCUCCCCCGCUAGGCGGCCCGCCCCCCGCGCUAGGGUAUGGCACCCGGCCCCGGCCCGGGACCCGAGGUCCCGCGCACGGACCAGUGAAAGGCGUCUUCCCGUUCCCGCCCUCCUUCCUUCGCCGGCCAGCACCAUGGGAUGUAAUAUGUGCGUGGUUCAGAAACCGGAGGAGCAGUACAAAGUGAUGCUUCAGGUAAACGGGAAGGAGCUCUCCAAGCUGUCUCAGGAGCAAACCUUGGAGGCUCUGCGCUCCUCCAAGGAGCCCCUGGUGAUCCAGGUGCUGAGACGAAGCCCCCGCCUCCGGGGGGACAGCUCCUGCCAUGACCUGCAGCUGGUGGACAGUGGCACUCAGACUGACAUCACCUUCGAGCAUAUCAUGGCGCUGGGCAAGCUGCGCCCGCCCACCCCACCCAUGGUCAUCCUGGAGCCGUACGUCCUGUCUGAGCUGGCCAAGGCAGGACCAUCCUGGGACCUCGCUGCUGGAAGGUUGAGGUCCUCAGCUCCUCCUCCUCCAUCCUCUCUCUUCUGCCGCCCCAUCGUCUUCUGCCUCACAAGCAUCACCCCUUGAAUCUUCUUGCAUCCUUGUCUGUCUCAUCCCUCUCCCUGCUCUGAACUUCCUCCAUCUCUUCGGCUUCUUUCUUUGGCCCACUUGGACGAAGGGCCUCUCAUCCAGGCCUGGUGGCUCAUGACUGUCCCCCCCAUCAGCCAUGAGUAUUAUGACCCAGCGGAGUUCAUGGAGGGAGGUCCACAGGAGGCAGAUCGAAUGGACGAGCUGGAGUAUGAGGAGGUGGAGCUGUAUAAAGCCAGCCACCGUGACAAGCUGGGCCUGAUGGUUUGCUACCGCACUGAUGACGAGGAGGACCUGGGCAUCUAUGUUGGAGAGGUGAAUCCCAACAGCAUUGCAGCCAAAGAUGGCAGGAUCCGUGAGGGAGAUCGAAUCGUCCAGAUAAACGGUGUGGACGUCCAGAACCGGGAAGAGGCAGUGGCCAUCCUGAGCCAGGAGGAGAACACCAACAUCUCCCUGCUGGUCGCCCGGCCUGAGAGCCAGCUGGCAAAGCGAUGGAAAGACAGUGACCGGGAUGACUUCCUGGAUGACUUGGGCUCAGAGAAUGAAGGGGACCUGCGUGUGCAGAAGCUGAAAUCCCCGCCUGCCCAGCAGCUUGGAAAUGAAGAGGAACAAGGGGCCCCCAAUGUGGGCCCAGGCCUGAGCAACAGCCAGGAGCUGGACAGUGGGGUGGGCCGGACUGAUGAGAGCACCCGAAAUGAGGAGAGCUCUGAGCAUGACCUGCUGGGGGACGAGCCCCCGAGCACCACCAACACGCCCGGGACCCUGCGCAAGUUUGGCCUGCAAGGGGACGCCCUGCAGAGCCGGGACUUCCACUUCAGCAUGGACUCCCUGCUGGCUGAAGGGGCCGGGCUGGGGGGUGGUGAUGUCCCUGGCCUCACGGAUGAGGAGUACGAACGCUACCGGGAGCUGCUGGAGAUCAAGUGCCACCUGGAGAAUGGCAACCAGCUGGGCCUUCUCUUUCCCCGGGCCUCUGGUGGCAACAGCGCCCUGGAUGUCAACCGCAAUGAGAGCCUGGGCCACGAGAUGGCCAUGCUGGAGGAGGAGCUACGGCACCUGGAGUUCAAAUGCCGAAACAUCCUGCGGGCGCAGAAGAUGCAGCAGCUGCGGGAGCGCUGCAUGAAGGCUUGGCUGCUGGAGGAAGAGAGCCUUUAUGAGCUGGGGGCCAGUGAGCCCAAGAAGCACGAGCUGUCCGACAUCUCCGAGCUGCCGGAGAAGUCUGACAAGGACAGCACCAGCGCCUAUAACACGGGGGAGAGCUGUCGCAGCACCCCGCUGCUCACUGAGCCCCUGCCAGAGAGCCCCCUGAGGCGGGCCGCUGCUGGCAACUCCAACUUGAACCAGACCCCCUCUGGCCAUCCUGUCGCCACCCACACCAAGGCAGCUCCUCCACAGGGGAGCCCCUCCAAGUUCCGAUCCCUCUCCCGGGAUCCUGAGGUGGGUCGGAGACAGCACUCAGAGGACCGUGUCCGCCGCAGCCCUAAGACAGGGGUGACCCUGGAGCGCGUGGGCCCUGAGGGCAGCCCUUACCUCUCACGGCGCCACCGAGGCCAGGAGAGCGAGCACUACCACAGUUGUGUGCAGCUGGCCCCGCCACGUGGCCUGGAGGAGCUGGGCCAAGGUCCCUUGAGUUUGGCUGGCGGCCCUCGGGUGGGUGGAGCAGCAGCAGCAGCAGCUGCCACCGAAGCACCCCGCAUGGAGUGGAAGGUCAAGGUGCGAAGUGAUGGGACCCGCUAUGUGGCCAAGCGGCCUGUGCGGGAUCGCCUCCUAAAAGCCCGGGCCCUGAAGAUCCGGGAAGAGCGCAGCGGCAUGACCACUGAUGACGAUGCGGUGAGCGAGAUGAAGAUGGGCCGCUACUGGAGCAAGGAGGAGCGGAAGCAGCACCUGAUCCGGGCCCGGGAGCAGCGGAAGCGGCGCGAGUUCAUGAUGCAGAGCCGGCUAGAGUGCCUGAGAGAGCAGCAGAACGCUGACAGCAAGGCUGAGCUCAACAUCAUUGCCUUGAGCCACCGCAAAACCAUGAAGAAGCGGAACAAGAAGAUCCUGGACAACUGGAUCACCAUCCAGGAGAUGCUGGCCCACGGCACUCGCUCGGCUGACGGCAAGCGGGUCUACAACCCUCUGCUCUCAGUCACCACUGUCUGAGCCACCUAAAUGGGAGCCCGGCUGUGCUCCAGGGUGGGCCCUCUGCUCCGACCCAGGUCCAGUGAGCCUCCAGGGACCCUGCCCCCUGCUCUCACUUAGAAUCUAGUGUGUGUCUGUGUGUGUGUGUGUGCGCACCGGACUUUGUUACCAGAGAGAAGCCCCGAGGAGAAGGGGCACCCCUUCAGCUCUGUGCACAUGUGUGUGCCACACGAGCCCAGGCACAUGCACGUGUGCACACACACACACACACACACUCCUACCGAGCUCUCUCUGCGCGGGUACAUGGAGACGGGGAAGUUGAGCUGAAAAGGAUUUAAAAAAAGAGGAUUGUCCGAAGCACAAGAGAAUGUCCUGCUUCGAGCUGAGCACAGCUUCUCCCCCUGCUGGGAGCCUCCACUGUUUGUAGACAAAGGCAACCCUGAUUUUUCGUGGUUUUUCUCCCUUUCUGUGCUUGCCACUUGUUUUUCUGUCUUGUGGACCUGCCCUGGGGGCUGGCAGCUCCUUCAGACAGCCUGUCAAAGGUGGAACCCCCCUGUGAGGGCUGGGAAGGAGAUGGGUGGGGGGAAGGAA